AGCAGUGAGUUUAGUAGCAGCAGGAAUGCUUCUGUGAACAAGUCUCUGGUUCAUUAGGAGGAAGGGCAGGGCAGACGGGACAGGAAGGAGAAAUGAGAACUAAGAACUGAUGAUGAUCUCUCACUUACUAAACUAUUUCUGAACCUGACACUAAUCUGGACCAGAGAUGAAUAAAGAAGAAAAAGACCCAAGAAAGAACAAGACUUUGGAGACUUUUGGAUAUUUUGGGAUUUUUUUCCUGCUGAUAUCAAGAAGAAAAUAGGAUUUAAAAAAGUGAAGAAGGUGUUUGAUUGGAAGAUCAGUCAGAAGAUGUUGAUGUCCACUUUAUCCACUCAGAUGCAAAGAAAAGCAGAAUGAAAGGAAAAAAAUAUGAAAACAACAAUUAAGUAAAAAAAAACAAACCAAACAAACAUAGAAGAGAACAGACUUUCAGUCCACCUGUUAAUGGAUAAGAUGCUGUAGAGUAAUAUUUGUGUCUUAGUUUAAAUAAAGUAAGAAGAAAAAGGCACAACUGAAGAUAUACAGAAUUUGGUUUGUUUAAAAAAAACUGUAGCUGAGAUUUUAAUAAAUCAAACUGAGUAACAGAACAGAGGUUCUGAUUUUGCAUAGAGGAACAGAAAAGUUCAAUAACAUAAAGUGGUCAGAGAAAAGAUAUGUGGAUAGAAGAGAAGAAAGACUAACAGGUUUGGAAAACCAAGAAAAAGAGAUUUGCACACAAAAAUACAGUAGAAAGGUAAACACUUGAAAAAACUCCAGGUGUGACAAUGGUUUCUGUCAGAGCUUUCCUCCUCGUCCUCAUUUUCCACACUACAGUUGUGGUCCCAGCAGCCAGCGUAACCCUGAGCAGGCUGGAGCGCUGGGUCCGAUCAGCCCUCCAGUCACUGCAGUGGAACCAGCUGGAGCGCUGCCGUCGCCUGUCCUCCCUCUCUGAGGCUGAAUGCAGGCAGCACGCCCACCUGCCGCUGUCCUCGGUGGCUGUGUACGUGGCGGAGCCUCACAGUGUCGCAGGUAGUCACUCUGACAAAGUUUUGGCCAUCCUACCAGACUCCUCCGUCGGGAUGUUGAGCUCCAAGCUACAGAGACGCUUCAGCGGUAGCCAGGUGCUGAAUGGGAUGCAGGGUCCCCACAGACACCAGCAGUCUCUCCCUCGCUCCAUGGCCCAUGAUGCUGUGUUAGUGCUAGAUCCAAGCCCUGGGGAGAACUUUGGACACCCAGUGGUCCUCUUCUAUGUGGAUGUGAAUGUGACAAAGAAAAGAUGCUCCCACUUAGAUGGCAUUUACCUGGGUGAUGAAUGUUUGACGCUAGCUUUGAAGGGUCGCUGUGAGAACCAGCUGAAGCAUCGUCACACCGGGGCAGAAAGGGUGAUUGGUAAUGGUCACAUGACAGUUGGCACCAGCGGUGGUAACCGUCUGCUCGAGCGUGCCAUUGGAGGGCUCUGUGAGGUCCACUUCCUCCCACUGGUCGUUGGAGUCAGAGACAGUAACCGAACACAAAGACUCAGAUGUGUUGACCACACAGACUUUGCAGCAUGUCCUCAGCUGCUGCCCAUGAACCCUCCCAGUUUGCCCGUCUCAAGCUGUGAGCUGAAUAAAAACACGAGACGCUGCCAUCAGCAGCCACUGGGCACUCACCUCUCCUGUCGCCUCUACCAGACCUGUGACCAUGCUGUCCUCAUUUCAGGUGGCUGGCAGCAACAAGUGAUGUUCCAGCAUCAUGUUCAGAAUCUUCAGCGGUUCUACAAAAUGCUGCAGAACAACGGCUUCCAUAAGGAUCACAUUAAGACCUUCUUCGGCAGCAGUGGACAGCUUCCUGGUGGGAACACUGAGGAUGUAGAGGGUGCAUACUCUGCAACAGAGAAAUCGGUGAUCCGUAACCACGUGUCGUACGUCUGCAGGAAGCAGCACUGUGCCGACAUGUUGGUUCUGUACCUGAACUCUCCAACGUGCAAGGAUGGCACCAUGCUACUGUGGGAUGCCAACCUUAAUGGCAUUGCAGAUCUAAAAGAGCGCUACUCAGUCAACGAGCUGUUGGUCGACCUGGCCGGCUGCAGGGCAACUCGUGUCCUGCUGUUUGUGGAUCAGAGCUACAGCGGUGUCCUAUCCAAGCGGCUGCAAGGCUCUCAGAAACACCUCAAUGUGGUUCUAAUCCAGAACCAGGCCAGGCAGACUUAUGCCCACCUGAACCACAGGUUAAGUCCAGGCUGGGAGGACAGCAGCUGGUCCUUAAUCAGUCCUGCCACCUGCUUGCUGGACCACCUGGGAAAGGAUGCUGGGAUGUUUCGCCUUCUGGAACCAUGGGCGGGUCUUUUAAACGUGACCUUGGCUGGUGCCCCGUGCAAUGCCACACCACCUCUAACAGAUAGCGAGAUGCGGCGAGAGUACCAGGGCUGCCAGAAUCUGCCGACUGCGCUUUGGCACCAGAAACUCAGAAGGGCAAACUAAAAGCAGAGCAUGGAGACGUACUGGGAGACUUUGAGAGAGGAUGAAUUAUGGACACACACACACACACACACACACACACACACACACACACAUAGGAGUUUGCAAUGCAAAACUACAAUUUUGUUGCUGCGUAUGAGUGUGUGUGCAUUAACCAACGAACAUGGUGGACACUGCUGUGUGUGUGUGCCGUUUAUGUCCUAACUCUGAACUUGGACUGUAACCAUGAAGAUGACAGCUCAUCCCAACGGGAUUGUCCUGAACUCUGUGUUACCAGUGUGUGUGCUUGUUUGUAUGCGUGUGUGUUUGUGAGUUCAGCAAGAGGACAGACGCUCUCAGAGACCAGCGCUAGCUGAUGCUCUGGCCAUUGUUGGAGUGUGGGACGGUGUGUACGCUGUAUCUCCUGGGCACUUAAAUGUUUUAGAUCCAAUCAUCCCUAUCUAUUUUUGUCUGUCCUUUAUUUAUUCUCAUUUGGCUUCUGUUUGCAUUUUGCACUUGCCAUGGACUUCUUUCUGCUUGUGUAUCGGAGGAGGAGGAUUCUCAUGUAAAGUCAGCAAACCUGUUAACCUGUUUUGACCAUAUUUGUAUAUCACUGUAUUCGCUUCUAUACAUGCAGGGUUUGUGUUUUGGUGACCAGUGAUAUUAGAUUAAUAGAGGAUGCUGAACGGCGAGUCUUUCUCCGGUAAGGAAAUUCAUUCAGCGCCCUUUUAAUUGUCUGUAAGUCAGCAGCAACUGCAGCAUGGAGCUACAGCAGAUGUUUAAUGUUAGUGUUCAUAAAACAGCUAAUUAUAUUUCUUUAUUAAAACAAAGCAACUUUGACCAUUUAGGUAUUUUUCUUCAGCGAGGACACAGUUUUAGCAUUAUAUUCCUUUGAUGGCGCUCAUUUCCAAAUGAUAGCUACACAUUAGGAGUGUAAAACAACAACACAAGUACAAGAUUUUAGCCGACUGUCAAGAUGUUGCUGCUCACUUCAGGCAAAAUUCCUAAUGAUUAUUUUACAUCUUUAAAAUGUAUCUGUUUUCACAAUAGAUGUCAGUAUUGUCUCUACAAUAUCAUGAAAAUGUGUCAGGAAAUAAAAAAAUUACCUCAUGAAAAGUCCUGGGCUACAGCGUUACAGGACGUCCAUGUUCUUCACUCCCCCUUUGAAGCUGGUAGUCCAGACAGCUCUCAGCAGGUGAUAGUGACUGACUGUGACACUGCAUGCUCAUUGGCUAACGAUAAAAAAAGCAGAUGUUAUAUAUUUGUUUUUCUUCAGGCUGACCGACAAAAGUGACUGAGCCCAUGAACUCAGCAGCAGAGCAUUUAGAGAGAUCAGGUCAGAAACUGUUUCCUCGUAGACUUUUAUAGAAUCAGAUUUUUAUUUUUCAGCAAUAGUGAUCAACAUCUCAACAUCUGGGUUUUUAGGCAUCACAUUUCAUUUUUCAGACCCAAUUAAUCUUUUUUAAUGUCUAUGGCCUAAAUGUCUAUCUCCCUAAUGGCUGAAAAAAAGAUGCAUUCAUUGCUUCCACCUUUACUACAAAGCUGAGAUGGCAACUCUUAAAUGUACACCUAUUAACAGCUAGAGCACAUCUUUGAGGUUCUUCUUGUACACUUUGUGUUUGUCCGUUUGAACGCAGUCAUGCACUCAUACUAGAUAGGAAUGCACCAUUCCACGUUUCUUCCCAGUUCCGAUACAUUGCUGGUGUCUCGUCUUUAGGUAUUUGCUGUGUUAAAUUAAUAAACUGUAUUCUU